AUGGUUUCCUCAGCCAGCGUCCCAACCCAAUACACGCUGACCUGGGAUGCACGCACCUCGUCCGACACCUCAGGCUCGUCGCCAGCUGUCAGCCCGCACCAUCGCGACUUUGGCCUGCCGUCACAGCGUCGCCUGCGAGAGGCCUGCGAUGGCUGCCGGCAUUCGCGAGUCCGGUGUGGCGGUGGCCAUCCCUGUUCGCGAUGUCGCACUCGCAGCAUGGAUUGUCAUUACGGUUUCUCCAGACGCAGCGGAAGACUGCGGGCGAGCCCGUUGCGGGAAAUGCAGCCGCCAGCCCCGAUCACCACGCCUUCUUCGACCUCUUCUUCGAUGGCCGCACAUAUACGCGAAGAGACAAACACAAAUUAUAAUAGCAACACCAACAACAAUAACCACAUUAACAAUACUCGCGUCAACAAUCACUCUACUAUGCUCGACCCGGCUGCCAUCUUGAACCCCGGCAGCCAGCCGCCUGUGGGCGACUUGAGCGACAAUUCAUGGCUUAAUUUCAGUACCUUCAUGGGUGCUUCUUCAGCCAUUGACGACAUGAAUUUAUAUCCGAACUUUACAUUUGACGUUCCUCCGACUCAGGCGUUCGACCCACCCAACGGCCAUCUCAACCACAACCACAACCAGAACCAGAACGCUUUCUCCCCUCCUCACACCCCACCUUUCACCAAUCCACCGCCAACGACUUGCACAUGUCUUGCGUCGCAGCUCUCUUGCAUUACCGCCAUGGUCAACUAUCGAGAUCUAAACAAUGUUGGUAUCGAUACUAUCCUAAACAACGCCCGCGAAACCAUCAAGGCGCUGAACGGCCAACUCAAGUGCGCCGAUUGCACCAAAGGAACAUGGAGCUUUCUUCUCACUAUCAUUAUCCUCCAGCGUCUGCUCUACAUGUUCUGUAGUCUGGCGUCAUGUCGAUUCGUGGAUGUCAAAUCCGCCAAGAUCGGCAUCGGCAACUAUGAGCUGUCGGAUGAAGAAGACCUGGCGCAUAAGCGAAUGCUCGCGCUGUCUUCUCUCAAGGGGUUCGAAGAUUUUGUUAGCCACUUCUGGGAUGCGGUUAAAAAGUUUAUUCGUUUGACAGAGACGAUGAAAUCGCAGUGCAAAACCCCGUUGAAAACUGACUGCACGAAUUUGAAAUGGGCUUCAGAGGGUUUGGAGUACAUUACGGCACGACUGGAGCAGAUCCGAGUCACGAUAGAGUCGGAUCAGUGGAGGAAGGGACAGGGACAAGCAUGCUGCAAUUGA